CUUUUUGCUGUGGGAUGCCAAUGGCAGCUAUUUCCCCAUUGCCCGUUUCACACCUCUCACCCACCACCUCAGCCAACCCUUCUCUGUGAGAGAGAGGGAUAGAGAGAGCUGUUCGUCGUCAUCAUCAUUACCAUCACCGUCUCCGUCUGCUCCCUUUGUGCCUGUGAACUGCUACAGCUUCACGGAUUCAUCCUCUCUCUCUCUCUCUCUCUCCUUCUUCCCAACCCGACCCCGACGAAGCCCCCUUCCCAUUCCUCUCACGGUACCGAUCGCGCUCCUUCGGUCGCCCCGUUUCUUUUCUUCGGUUCUUCUCGCCGCCGUAACCCUCCUCCUUUGCCCGCCGACCGUUUCGCCGCUUCUUUCCCUGCUUUCUUCCCUGCCUGAGACGAGUCCUGCCUUGGCUUGUCUUCGCCUUGCCUCUUCCCCAAGCUUUGGCCGGGGUCGGAAGGUGACCGCGCCUCUGGUGUGCUGGACUGUAGGAUCAUGGAGCGAUUCUUGCUGAACCUAAACCCUUUUCGGUUCAAGCGGGUGAUCCCGGCCCCGUUCCUCUGAUAAAGGUGACGCCUUUGGGGUUCUCUUGUCCAUUUGUCCCUCUUGUUCUUCGAUUUUGGUGUUUCCCUCGCGAAAGACCUCCUCACCGAGCUUUUGGAACCGCAGUCCUCUUCUAGGGAAGACGAUUUUUCUUUUUCUAGGGGAGUCGGCAACGUCAUCUUUGCUGUUUGGAGUGCUACCUUGACUUGUGUUGGUAGUCGGAUCCAUGACGAUGUCAGGAGAUGGUCCUGAUUUUGUGAAAUGGAGCGAGCAGUUCAUAUCACAGGAGCGUGGGCGCCGGAUUGUUCAUUACUACCUUGAGGACGCUUCUGGAGACUCCCAUCUAGCCGUCGUCGGCACCGAACGGAGUCUCCGGCACAUGCUGUAUGUCGUGUCAGAGAAGUUCUGCCAGGUUUACGGGUCCAACAAGUUAGGGUUGUCCUCCCUCAAAUGGAGAUCGAGAAGAGAGGUUGUAGAUUGGCUUGCUUCGUUCCUUCCAGCCAAAGCCUGUGAUUCACAUAUUUCGAAGUUGCCAAAAUGCAUGAAACAUGAUUUGGGUGUUGAGAUGGAAAUUAAUAGAUGUGGUGAUACUGGAGACCACUUGGUCGAAAACAUGGAUGACAGCAACAGAUCUGACAUCAUUUGGUCUGGUGCUUCCUGGACUUGUGGGAAGCAGCUCCGGCAUUACCAAGCUUUUUGUCGAAAUGGAACAACAGUGAUUGUCCACUCUUUUGUCCUUGUGAUGUCUGAGGAGGAAAAUCGUUAUCUUGCUUACUUGGAAGAUAUGUAUGAGAAUAAAAAAGGGGAAAAGAAGGUCAAAGUACGAUGGUUUCAUCAAAAUCAGGAAUUUGCUUGUGCGAUACCUGCACCUGCUCCACAUCCCAGUGAAGUUUUCAUAACACCUUUCUCUCAGGUCAUUAGUGCAGAAUGUGUGGAUGACAUAGCUGCUGUUUUGACUCCUGAACAUUAUGAGAAAUGCUUGGAUUCCCUUUCAUCUGCAGCAGGAGUUCGUUUAUGCUUUCGGCAGUACAUUAAAAAUAAAUUCAAACUCUUUGAUCUAAGAACGUUGCGUGGUUAUUUUAAUCAAGCAAUUCUUUCCCGCUUGGGUAUUUGUGAUGAGUCUGGAAAAGGAGAGGCGGAAAUUGGCUACAGUCCGAUCAAAGAACAUAUUGGUCACAGGAGAACUAGAUUUGUUAAGGUGCAGGAGAAAUUUCUGGCACAACAUUUUGGGACUGAAAUAUCUGGCCUUUUAGGCCAUAUAACAACUUGCCAACCAGCUUAUCAGAAUUUGGAAUAUGAUUUACUUGUGAGAAGGCCUCUGUCAAUGAAGUUUGUUGGGCCUCAUAAUUGGCUUAUGCCACCUUUUGAAGUAGGAGAGAAAAUAGAGCUUCUUUGCCAGGAUAGUGGUAUCAGGGGCUGCUGGUUCAAGUGCACUGUUUUAAGAUUAUCACUUAAGAAGUUAAAAGUUCAGUAUGACGAUGUGCAAAAUGUCGAUGGGUAUGGGAAUUUGGAGGAAUGGGUUCCUGCCUUCAGAACAGCAGCUCCUGAUAGAUUGGGCAUGAGAUGCUCAGGCCGUCUAACAAUUCGUCCAUGUCCUAAAUGUAUUUAUUUGCUUAACAACAUUGAUCUUAAAAAGGGAAUGGCAGUGGAUGUACAAUGGAAUGAUGGCUGGUGGGAGGGAAUUAUUGUUGAGCUGGCAAACAGUAGAGAUGAUAAUGUGCAAGUAUACUUGCCAGGUGAAGACAUCUUCUUAAUUUGCGAACUGAAAAGGCUAAGGAUAUCUAAAGAUUGGGUGGGUGAUCAAUGGGUCGAUAUCAAUGCUAAGCCUGAUAUCUUAUCGGCAGCCUCUUCAGUUAGCCCCCGAACAAAGCUUGCUUCCUGCUCUGUCAUUAUCAAAGGGGCAGAAUCUGGCAGCUCAGUGAUGUCAGAUCAGGAAUUCAUCACUGCACAGCCUAAUUUGGUUGAGGAUAAGCAGGCAGAAGCUAGUUUGAGUUGUAGGAAUUCUGUGCAACUUGACAAUGAGAGUCAAUCUAAUCCAAGGAAGCGCCACAGGGAGGAAAAUGCUCAGGAUGGCUGUGGUGUUGGAACAGGUAUUGGCGAUGCCGAAAGUUAGCUUGCCAUUUGUAGCUCCAUCAAGGUUGGCUUUCAGGUUUUCUGUACAUAGAUAUAUAAGUAGUAUAUAGAAUGAUUUCCCGACUUUGGGGGCGGGGGUGGGCGACUUAACUUCAAUUUGACUAGGAAGCCCCAGGGUGACUGACUGAAGACUCUGUUAGCUUUGUAGCAUCAAUGUGACUCCUGGACAUUGUCAAUUAGCAGUUAGGUCAAAAUCAUAUGAACCCAGCAGACAGCAGGUGCAUUUCGAGCUCUGCUCAAACUUUGCUACUUGUCAUGUCUUGGCUGCUUCAUGAAUAGUUUUAUGGUGUCAUGUAUGAUUUGGAACAGACUUAGGAAUAGUGAGUUUGUUUCAAUUUCGGUGAAGCUUCCAAGUAGUUUGUUUCUCUUUUCUUUUCUUCUCCCCCUUUGAGUUAGAACAAUGCACACUCUCUGAUAUCCUCCUGCUCCCAUUGUUCUGUUAAUAUUGUUUGGCUCGUUCUUCAAGCUUAUGUUAUGGCAUUAAUCCAAGAAAUGCUUGUUCUCUUGUCCCUA